UGUGUGUGUGCAUUUCUGAUUCAUAGGGUGGAUGGGGCAUUUGAACAUGGGGAGAAACAGUCAGUUAAAUUGAUCACGUUUCUCCUCACCAAACUGGAGCACCAUUAUCUCACUGCCAGGAAUGACAUGCUGCUUGCAGCUCGUACAGCGCCGAUUCAUGGUGUUGUAAGUGCUUUGCAGAAGGGCUUGCUGGAGGUGCCAGGGGUCCUAGUGGAGACAGUAACCCACAGUGUUGCAGGAGACAUUGUGUCUUUGAUAGAAAAGCUCACUCUACUGCUGUUAGGUGUGCUGUAUGGGGACCAGGACACACAGGAGAAAGAUGUGCCGCCAUCAUUCUGUGACAUGGGGAAUGCAAUCAGUUCUCUGAUUGGUCAGGGUGGGGUUGAGGGGGCGGGACUUGAUGAGGAUGGAGAGGAGAAUGUGCUGCUCUCUGAGGAACAUAGUCUAGUGCUGACAUGCUGCUGGGUUUCUUUGAAGGAAAUUGGUAUUUUUCUGGGCUCUCUGGUGGAGAGAAUCUUGUCGCUGCACUGUAAAGAACUGACUUUGAGUGUGGAAGAACUCAGGAAGGCUUCCAAAGUAUUUAAAGACAUCAUUCUGAAAUGUAGACACUGGGGGGCAGUAGAGGGCUGCUGUAUUGGCUUUACUAAGUUCUGCAGGGCUCUACUGAGCAGCUCGGAUCCGGAGAUCAGAGAGAUCCCGCCUCUCAUAUUAAAACAGGGCCUUUCUGUUCUCCAGUCGCCCCGUAGUACUUCAGUUACGAGGCGUGCUGCCGGCCUACCCAUGCUGAUUUUGGGUGUGUUAGCUGCUGAGGACUCUAGCAAGACUCGCCCACUUUUAGCACAAACCAUUAACACCCUACUGGACACAGCCAAAGCACCUCUUCCCCAGGACUGGGACCAAACUCUCGAUUUACCACAGGUGUGUGCCGUUCACACCCUUCAAGCUCUGGUGAAGGGCUCCAGUCUGGGUGUAGCUGUUCUCCAGUACACCCCUGUGGUGGCCAUUCUGUCUCUCACACUCCUCAGCUCACCAUGCUGGGCUAUGAGGAACGCAGCCCUGCAGCUCUACAGUUCUCUGUGCACCAGAAUGUUGGGUCAGCAGCCUAGCGGUGAAGAGGGCUCUGCUCAUUCCGGCAUGUCUUCUCCUUCCUUCUUUAACCUCUACCCAGCCCUACAGCCCUUCCUCCAGGGGGCGCUGGAAAGCGCAGCUACAGACCUUCAUGAUGCCACCCUUCUCCUGCACCCUUCCCUCUACCCUGUCCUCACCCUGCUCGCCAAACUGCAGCCUGGUGCUGAGGAACAGACACGGGCUCUGCGGGAGUUCCUGCCUCCGCUCUUCCUCCUCGCUGCCAGCCCAGUCUAUGGCGUACGAAUGAUGUCAUCAAGAGCCCUAGUUGCUAUGAUACCACCGAGUGAAUAUCUGGCAACUGUCCUGCAGUCGGUGGAGAAGCUGCCGGUGUCACCGGACGUUGUGUGCUGUCACAACAGACUGCAUGGCCAACUCCUACAGAUAGGAGCCAUACUGGCACGGGCACUCAAAACUAGCAUUCGGUUGUCUCUCAGUGAGGUUGUGAGUGAGUUUGAAUCCAGACUGUGGAUGGCAUCUGUGAGGCAGCGGUGUCCGCUGGUGCGGCUGGCGUAUCUGGAUAUAGUGAGUCUGAUAAGAGGCCACUGCUCCAAUGCUUUCCUCACUCAGCUCUCUUCUCAACUGCUGCAGGACAUUCACAGGACUCCAAACAUACUAGAGGUUGGCUCUGCUUCUUUCCACCAAAGUGCAGUGAACUUCCUGUGUGGGGAUCCUGAGUGGGCGUGUCAGGUGUGGCAGCAUCUGGCCAAUGGCAGCGCAGUGGUACGUCUCUCAUUGGUCAAGUCUGCAACAGAGGGGCGUGGCUGGAGAGGAACUGUCCUACAGCGGGUUAUGGAGGAAGCGCUGCAGGCCAACCUGAGGAAGGCGCUGUUGGACCAGAACGUGGAGUACAGAGGAGCAUUCUUGAGCGCAUUAGUUGAGGUUAUGACCCCUGAGGAAGACAGUCUUGCUCUGCCCCGUCCCUGUCCUUCAGGGUUUGGGGAGACAUGGCUGCAGGAGUGUGUGGAGGUUCUGUUCACUGAUCUGGAGUCAGAUAGAGGAGGACCCGAGCUGAUCUCCACGGCUCUGUGUGCAGUCAGCCUGCUCCUUUGUCACAGUGUGGACUCGUCUCUGCUCCAGCGCUGGUGUAAGUUAUUAGAGAAACACAGAUGUCCUGAAGCCCCUGAGGCCCUCAGAGCAGCAUGUGCACAGGCUCUGUGUCUGUGCGGCGUCCACGUAGUGACCAGGAGCCUGACAGAAGACCUCAUGCUCAAACAGCUCAGUACCAGGUUGAUCAGCACAGGUAUCUACCUGCUUCAGGAUGAGAGUCCACAGGUCAGAGCCAAGGCAGCUGUCUUUGCAUCUCUGCUCCACUGUUCUGUCCGACGGCCGGAAGAGCCACAGAAAUGUUUCUACAUGCAGGCGAACUUGGCUCUGCACUCGCUGCUCAACCUGCUCUUAGAGGAAUUCUGGGAUGCAAGCUGUGCUUUGGAGGCCUUAGUGUGCCACUUACCUGACUGUGAUCUGAACGCUGCACUGAAGGAGGCCAAAGAGACACAAUGUCGCAGUCUGUAUGAGCGAGAUGAAGCAAAUGUGUUUGCAGAGCCAUCUGUGAUCUCAGAGUGCCUAUUGCCAUACCUAUUGAAUCUGGUUAAACAUUACCCAAAAUCCUCCACUCUCGCAAAGAUUCUGGAGCGCUGGGCCCAAAACAGUGCCGCCAUUGUCAAAGAGAAUCUCACAAUUUGUAUGCAGCUACAGUUAGGUGAUAUCCUGAAUCCUGAUUCGCUGAGUUUUCUAAUUGAACCCCGUUUCCAUGGCGCUCUUUCAGGCCUGUUCACUCGGGCGAUUGUACUACUCCAGCUGUGCAAGGAGUGUGAUUCCCUACGACCCCUGCUUGACCCUUUGAGUUCAUCUAAAAACCUUCAGGACAUUCAUAGACAGUUUGUCCUAAAUGGACUCUUCCUUCCUCAGGUCUUCAUUGAUGCACUGAACACAGAUGAAUCCAGGCCUGUCACAGAUCAGGCAUGCAUUAUUGCUGUUACAGGCUCUUCAUCAUCAAAUUGAGUGGAAACUAUUGGAAAGGAAGAAUACCAGUCCUUUGUUGUGGAGCAACAGCUCUGUGAGUGUAGCACAUCUAAAUCUGAAACGGCUGAAAGAUGCCAUUGUUUCUUGAUGGGUGGUGAUUUCUGAAGUAGAGUGCACUGCAAGGGGGGACAAACAGACUGAGGCGUCACAAGGACUCAGCAUGCAUGCUUAUAUUUUUAGCCAAAUCUCACUUUGGAACCGAAGGAGAUUCAUGCUUGUCUAUUGAUGCAUUUUUUACAUUCAUUAAAUAAAAACUGAAUAACUUGUAGAAUCUUUGGGCUAACCCUGAUCUGUUAUACCAGAAACAAAUGUUGAAAAUGAGGUGCUGCUUUUUUAACAGCCAAUCUAAAUCUCAUGGUUCGCUGUCAUAACACUUCACAAAAGCCCAAACCGGUUUGAGCUGCCUCAUACCGACCUCAAAGAAUCUUCUGAUACACACACGGCAGCAGCAAUUAACUCUUUUCCUGCGAUUCAUUCUGUCUUGAUCCUUUCUUUUAUAUUCCCAAUACAGUAUGUUUUUUUUAUCAUUUUAUCCGUUUUCUUUCUCACUCUGUAGCCUUUUCUCAUCCUCCUUGUGUCUUUGCGUAAGCCACUUCUACUCAGGUUUCCACUGCGGGGGUAAAUGCAUCAAACAGUGAUGUAAUGGCUUUUGCGGCAACAGUAGAGCUGCCCUAUGAUAACAGCAGGGGAAUAGUGUCUGCUUCAUGCCACAUUAGAGGCUGUCCUCCCAGGUUAAGUGCCCUCAGCACAGGGCUACAGUAGUUCAUGAUUCAUGGUUGGAAUAUGUCCUCAGUUGCUGUGCAACGCUCCUGCAUGUCACGGGACAGUGUUAGGGACGCAGAUGGGUAUCCCAGUAGCCAUCAGUGCAGCAGAUGGUCUGAGUUUACAGCAGAAUGUUUCUCUAUGAAUGCUGCAAUUUUGUUUCAAAUUACACAUUGAUUAUUUUAGAGUCUAGAGAACAUUCAUGUGUAUUCUCUAUAUUGUUUAUGACUAUGCAUGUGUAUUGUAUUCUAAAAGCUUUCAGUACAUGUUCACUUUUUUUUUCUCCAAAUAACACUUUUUAAACCAACCAGUCAAACAGCAUUUCAAAACCGGUAGACUAUGUGGAACAAACAGGAGUAAUAGCUGGGUGUCAAAAACAGCAACGACAUAAUCACCCAACUUUAAAAUAAGGAAAUGCUGUAGUCUUUGAAUGCCUGAGCUCUCUCCCACUCAUCCGCCUGGGUGCACGACUCACAAGAAACGCUGCCAAGUCGACUGGGGUUGGAAACUUUGUAUAAUUUCUUGGAAAAUUAAAGUGGGUCAGUUAACCUGGCAGCAGCAUCAUGGGAAGGAAGCAGGCAAUCUGGUCUCAUUACAGCUGAUUGCUUGCUUCCAUGCUCCAACAUGUCAAAACCAUCAUUUCCAAAAUGUCAUAAAAUUCAUACCUAUUAGAUACAUCAAGAGAUUUCACCUAGGGAUUAAUGGUGAAGUUUUAAAGCAGAAAAUGUGACACUGCUCUUCCUGUGAACUGAGCUGAAUAGUUAUGUACAGUGCUUAACAAAGCCAAUGCACUUUAAACAAAGGGGAAUGUCAGUUUAGAGCUUUCCAGAAUGCACCACUGAGAAACCGACAAAAAGAGCAUGACCAUGAACAAACCAGAGAGGACAGCUGUUUCAGAGCUGAACAGCUUACACCGAUUGUGACACAUCACUAAUCAACCCUGCGCUUUCCUUCUUUUUAUAGUGUCUCCUCAGGGGACCCUCGGUUUCUUUGUAAAUAAUAGAGGCGCUCAUUGUUCCUUGAUCUCCUAAUGAAGUUCUGCUCUGUCAGAUUUGUUAAACAAGAAUAGAUGACGGGAGAGUGUUGUGAUGAUGAAUUUGUGUGCAGGGUUUGGCCCGUUUCACUCAUGUUGCAUGGAAGCUCAUUCGGUCACAUAGCUUUCACCAGAAAAGAUGCUAAUAAUAUGAAUUUUCUUUCAAUUGUAAUUCACCAAGCCAAGGAAUUGUGUCUCAUAAAGACGUCAGUUGUGAAAAUAAAAUCAAAAUAAUAGAUCAUAAUUUUCAUAGAUGGCAUAAUGAAAAAUAUAUCAUCAGAAAUAAUAUAACAAAAAUUGAUCAUGAUACAGUCUGAUACAUUCUGAUUUAGGGAAUAUAAAAUGUAUAAUAAUUUUUAAACAAUUAUGUAAUAACAUUCUGUUUAUUUUUAUUGACA